AUCUGAAAAAGAGCAAAACCAAAAACCUUGUCGACGAGGGACAAAAUUUGACGCUAUUGCUUUCGGUGCACAGUUAAUUUCACCAUUCGUGUAGGCAACUCGAUAAAGAGCGACUUCUCAUAGUUAAUUUCAACUUCGUCCUGUUUAACGGACAUAUCACUUAGGUCAAUUACUCAUACCUUCGGUUUAUGGACUUCUGAAUCUUUGUAAGCAACUAAGUUGAGUUCUAACUUCUAAUUCUGAUAAACAUGGAGCCUUUAUGGAAGCUUGUAUUUCUCAUGGAACCAGCUCCAGUGACCUUAAUCUUAACAGCCAUUGCUGUCACUUUCGGUUCUGCUCUCCGAGCUUUAAACUAUGGUAAAGAAAUGGAAAAAAACCGUGAUCUCUCUGAAGCAUCAAUCACAUUAGACAGAUCUCAAGCACUCAUGAUUCCAGUCAUGAGCUCCUGCAGUCUCCUCAUGAUGUUCUACUUAUUCUCUUCAGUCUCACAACUCCUCACUGCUUUCACAGCAAUCGCCUCCAUAUCAUCUCUCUACUUCUGCUUCUCUCCCUACAUCUCCCAUGUCAAAUCCCAAUUCAAUCUUUCAGACCCUUUCAUCUCCCGAUGUUGCUCCAAACCCUUAACACGAAUCCAAUCCCUUCUAUUGUUCUUAUGCAUCACUACAGUUGCAGCAUGGCUUGUUUCUGGACACUGGGUGUUGAACAACAUGUUGGGGAUUUCACUUUGUGUUGCUUUUGUGAGCCAUGUUCGUUUACCCAACAUUAAAGUUUGUGCAAUGCUGCUUAUAUGCUUGUUUGUGUAUGAUAUAUUUUGGGUGUUUUAUUCAGAAUGGUUUUUUGGUGCAAAUGUUAUGGUAGCUGUAGCAACACAACAAGCUUCUAACCCUGUUCAUACUGUUGCUAAUUCUUUGAGUCUUCCUGGAUUGCAAUUAAUUACUAAAAAACUCGAGUUGCCUGUGAAGAUUGUGUUUCCAAGAAACUUAUUGGGAGGUGUUGUUCCUGGAAAUACUGCUACUGACUUCAUGAUGCUUGGUCUUGGUGAUAUGGCUAUUCCUUCUAUGCUUUUGGCAUUAGUUUUAUGUUUUGAUCAUAGAAAGGAGAAUAUAUCUUUAUCUCCUCAUAAAGGGUAUAAAUAUAUAUGGUAUGCUACUAUUGGAUAUGCAGUUGGAUUGGUAACUGCUUUAGCAGCUGGAAUUCUUACCCAUUCUCCACAACCAGCACUUUUGUAUCUGGUCCCAUCAACGCUUGGACCGGUGGUUGUAAUCUCUUGGACAAGAAAGGAGUUGAAGGAGUUGUGGGAAGGAAGCUUGCCGAAUUUGACUGAAAAAACACAUUCAACAGAAGUAUGAACAAAUCAAGCAUGUAAAUGGAGUUGGGAUAUAAGUUAAGAAUAUGAUAUUUCUGUGCUACUAGGAAAUGGCAUCUUUUUUUUUUAAAUAUUUUUACAUUUGAAUCAUUUUUCGGGUUAAAAAGGAGCUUCAAAAAGUUUAAAGUUGGUUGUUUUUGGUUAGUUUUACGUUGAUGAUGGGAUACGGUUC